AUGGCAUCGUUGCCACGUUCAGCUCUCCGGGAAUUACUCGUGACGCGUUAUGUUCCGAAGAUAGAAGAUAUCGAAGUAGAAGAGGUGGAAACGGCAAGAGCAGGCUGCUCGGUGCUCCAACCAAAGCGCACACUACAAAAUGAAGAUAUUAUAGAAGCACAAGGAGAAGAUGUAGAACUUGUCGAAGAUGAAAAUUAUCGGUCGGUGCACAGAAUUGAUGAAACACCAAAAUUGAUUGUCAAAAAGCCGAAUGUAUCUCAACUACGCGACGAAGCUGUGAAAGUUCUUCGAAACCUCAAAAAAACUCCAGCUGAAACAUUACGCCUAGAGCGCUAUGAGUACCUUGUACAAAGAUGGUUCCACACGUCACGUGAAUCAGAGAAAGAACUUGUUGAAUACGUGCUUCUCCAUCCAAAUCAUCGCCCAUAUCUCUUCACGAUGCAAUGCCGUCACAUUUAUAUUGAGGAUCUUGCUGGUAUUAUUCUGAAAUCUCUCCUAUCGGAGCCGAGAGAAACUGGGCAGUGUCUUGCAAGGUUUGCCAUACAGACAACGAUCGAAAUGCCGUUUGCUGUGCUAUACAGUGUUCUCGAAAACAUGGUUGCUGAAAACGAAGGCUUCCAGCUCUCGGACGGAAUAGUAACCGCUUCCAUACUUUCACAGCGCGGAAAUAGGAGCAUAACUCAUCGUCUCAAAACCGAUAAAUGCAAAGAAUAUGGCCAGUUGGAACCAGAACUAGACAAUAAUGGUGGUCUGAUUGCUUCGACCGCUUCAAUAAGAUGCUCCGUGAAAGGAAAACAACACGUUGAAAUGCAAGUUGUCUACAGAAACAAUUCAAGCUCAAAGAACCCAACUGCUAGGAACAGAUAUAUUGAAUUGGAGCAGACAGUCAAAUGCAUGAACCGAAGAGUGCUGAUUAUGGAAGAACAGAACGAGUUGGUUGAGUUUGAAGUCGAAAAGGAUAUGAUCCCUUUGAAGAAUGGAGUUCCACCUGUAGACGAUUUAAUUUCAUUUCUCAAGAUGGAUAACUCUGAUAUUGAUAGCUAUAGUGAUUAA